CUCUCUCAGUCUUCAGAAGGAGAAGUGGAUGAAUGUAAGAGUGGGUGAUAUCAUUAAACUGGAGAAUAACCAGUUUGUGGCAGCUGACCUUCUCUUACUGUCCAGUAGUGAACCUCAUAGCCUCUGUUACAUCGAAACCGCAGAGCUAGACGGGGAGACCAAUAUGAAGGUGCGUCAGUCUCUGUCUGUGACUGCAGAGCUGGGAGACCCCAACAACCUGGCCUCUUUUGAUGGUGAGGUGGUCUGUGAGCCUCCCAACAACAAGCUGGACAGGUUCUGUGGUCUUCUGUGCUGGAGAGACUGUAAAUACCCCCUGAGCAACCACAACAUGUUACUACGAGGCUGUGUCCUCCGCAACACAGAGACCUGCUAUGGACUGGUCAUCUUUGCAGGCCCAGACACCAAGCUGAUGCAGAAUAGUGGUCGCACCAAGUUCAAACGCACAAGCAUUGACCGCCUCAUGAACACACUGGUGCUCUGGAUCUUUGGCUUCAUGGUGUGUAUGGGUGUGAUCCUGGCUGUGGGGAACGCUGUGUGGGAGAGAGAGGUGGGUUCUCUGUUCCAGAGUUACCUGGCCUGGGACCUGCCUGUAGACAACUUCCUAUUCUCUGCUUUCCUCUCCUUCUGGUCCUACGUCAUCAUUCUCAACACCGUGGUGCCCAUCUCACUCUACGUCAGUGUGGAGGUGAUUAGGCUGGGUCAUAGUUACUUUAUAAACUGGGACAGGAAGAUGUUCUGUCCACAGUGUAACACAGCAGCUGAAGCCAGGACCACCACUCUCAAUGAGGAACUGGGUCAGGUGGAGUACAUCUUCAGUGACAAGACAGGAACUCUCACUCAGAACAUCAUGAGCUUUAGCAAGUGCUCUAUCAAUGGACAUGCCUAUGGUGAGGUGAUCGACCCGUUGGGAGCACAGCUAAAGAGGUUAGACUUCUCCUCCUUCAACCCCCUGGCGGACCCUGACUUCUGUUACUAUGACAACGGUCUGCUGAAGUCGGUGAAGUUGGGAGACCUUCACAGCCACGAGUUCUUCCGGCUGCUUUCCCUCUGUCACACCGUCAUGAGUGAGGAGAAGAAGGAGGGAGAGUUGAUGUAUAAGGCCCAGUCUCCAGAUGAGGGUGCGUUGGUAACAGCAGCCAGGAACUUUGGUUUUGUGUUCCGGUCUAGAACCCCUGGUACUGUCACUGUGACAGAGCUGGGCCGACCCGUCACAUACACACUGCUGGCCAUCCUCGACUUCAACAACAUCCGCAAGAGGAUGUCCGUUAUAGUGCGUAACCCAGAGGGGAGGAUCCGUCUAUACUGUAAAGGAGCUGAUACUCUGUUGUUUGAGAGGCUCCACCCCUCCAACCAUCACCUGAUGAAUAUCACAACAGAUCACCUUAAUGAGUAUGCUGGGGACGGCUUGCGGACCCUGGCCCUGGCCUACAGAGACCUGUCAGAGGAGCAGUGGGAGGAGUGGUCAGAGAGACACCGCCAAGCAGACAGAGCUACAGACUGUAGAGAGGACAGACUGGCUGACAUAUAUGAACACAUAGAACAGGACAUGAUGCUCCUGGGAGCCACAGCCAUAGAGGAUAAGCUACAGGAGGGAGUUCCUGAGACCAUCGCUAUCCUCUCUCUUGCUAACAUCAAGAUUUGGGUCCUCACGGGAGACAAACAGGAGACAGCAGUUAAUAUAGGUUACUCCUGUAAGAUGCUGACUGGUGAUAUGACUGAGGUGUUCAUCAUCAGUGGAAACACAGUGCUGAGUGUUAGAGAGGAACUCAGGAGAGCGAGGGAGAGGAUGAUAGAGUUUGCCCGUACGAGAGAGGGAGGAAAGGAGGAGGGGAUGGAGGGAUGGGGCGAGGCCUGUUCUCUGGGGAAUGGGUUUGGGGGAGACGGGGGAGGAGAGGGGAGAGAGUGGCCCUCUGUGGGGGACAAACAGCAGCAAUGUCCCCCUCCUCCUGGCCCUCCCGCCCCUCGGCCCCCCUCCUCAACCACACUAGACUCCAUAUCUGGAGAGUUCGCCCUCGUCAUCAACGGACAUAGCCUGGCCCAUGCGUUGGAGGCUGAUAUGGAGGGGGAGUUUGUGUCAACAGCGUGUGUCUGUAGAGCAGUGAUCUGCUGCAGGGUGACUCCUCUACAGAAAGCCCUGGUGGUGGAGCUCAUCAAGAAACACAAGAAAGCUGUCACCCUGGCCAUAGGAGACGGGGCUAACGAUGUUAGCAUGAUCAAGACGGCUCAUAUAGGAGUGGGCAUCAGUGGUCAGGAGGGCAUCCAGGCAGUGCUGGCGUCUGACUACUCCUUCUCCCAGUUCCGCUUCCUCCAGCGCCUGCUGCUGGUCCACGGACGCUGGUCCUACCUCCGCAUGUGUCGCUUCCUCUGCUACUUCUUCUACAAGAACUUUGCCUUCACCAUGGUGCACUUCUGGUUCGGCUUCUUCUGUGGCUUCUCUGCCCAGACAGUAUAUGAUCAGUACUUCAUCACUCUCUAUAACAUCGUCUACACGUCUCUCCCCGUGCUGGCCAUGGGAAUAUUUGACCAGGACGUCCCAGAGCAGCGUAGUCUGGAGUAUCCUAAGCUGUAUGAGCCAGGUCAGCUUAACCUGCUGUUCAACAAGAGAGAGUUCUUCAUCUGUAUAACCCAGGGUAUCUACACCAGUGUUGUGUUGUUCUUCGUACCCUACGCCAUCCUGUCCCACGGAACCCAGGGCACCGGGGAACCCCUCGCUGACUACCAGACCUUUGCUGUUACCACGGCCACCGCCCUGGUGAUCGUGGUCAGUGUGCAGAUUGCUCUGGACACAGGCUACUGGACAGCCAUCAACCAUUUCUUUGUGUGGGGCUCAGUGGGCACCUUCUUCACCAUCAUGUUGGCUAUGCACAGCCAGACUCUGUUCAGCAUCUUUCCCAACCAGUUCCACUUCGUAGGCAGUGCCCAGAGCACACUGGUCCAGCCGCUGGUGUGGCUGACCAUCGUCUUGGCCACAGUGAUCUGCAUCGUUCCAGUUCUGGCAUUCCGCUUCCUCAAACUGGACCUGAAACCACAGCUCUCUGACACGGUGAGAACAAUAUGCUUCUGGUCACACUCACAGCUCUCUGACACGGUGAGAACAGUAUGCUUCUGGCCACUCUCACAGCUCUCUGACACGGUGAGAACAAUAUGCUUCUGGCCACACUCACAGCUCUCUGACACGGUGAGAACAGUAUGCUUCUGGCCACACUCACAGCUCUCUGACACGGUGAGAACAAUAUGCUUCUGGUCACACUCACAGCUCUCUGACACGGUGAGAACAAUAUGCUUCUGGCCACACUCACAGCUCUCUGACACGGUGAGAACAAUAUGCUUCUGGCCACACUCACAGCUCUCUGACACGGUGAGAACAAUAUGCUUCUGGCCACACUCACAGCUCUCUGACACGGUGAGAACAAUAUGCUUCUGCUCUCUGACACGGUGA